UUGAUAAAUCUUGCUUCGAGUAUUUUCUAAAAUAAGGUACAAAUAAGAAAUAUAUCAAUUACUGUGGAGAGUGACGUUGAUUCAUUAAUUUCAUUUGAAUAUUCAUUGAAUGAAACUUAUUCAUUAAGUUUUUGGAAUUGGUGAUUAGAAUGAGAUUGCGCAAAAUUCAUACAUUUAUGACGAAUAAAUUUUGGGAAAAAGUGUUUAUAAGCUCUGAGUGAUCCGGACAGCAAAAUAAAUUUGACAGUCAUUCAAGUGGUGCUAGACUUGAUUUUUAGACGUAUUUAUUUCUAAAAGGAUAAAAUUUGACAGCCAGGUUUUAAUAAUAAUGAACUGGAAGCUUCUUGGGAUCGCCAUACUUGGUUGUUUUUUGAAUGGAUUAUCAAGUCAAAAAAUAUUUCCAAGAGCACGGCGUCAAAUGAGUGAGCGUUGGUUAGAUCAUUACAGAACAUUGGUGGCCUUACAUGCUUUAAAUGCCACCGAUUAUAGAGUGUGUGGGAAUGUGAUAGGGUGUGGAUUAGUGGAUAUUGAAAAAAGUGGGAAAAGAAAACGGAGUUACCCUGCUGUUGACCAACCUUUAUUUGAACGAUCACAGACAAUAAAAGACCUACACGAGAGAGGUGGAGAAAGAAUGAAAAAAGAUAUUUACAAAGAUUUGCUUUCCGUCAUCAGAAAGAAUAGAAACAUAUUUCAAACAAUACCAAAUGCUCGAGUAAAUAGUGAACAAAAUAAAAGGUCAUUCCUUGAUAGACUAACACCAACAAAUAUACCACAGGUGUAUAGAAAUUCACAUUCCAGUUAUAACCAAUUGGUCCGAAGGUCAUUAGAUAAUUACAUUCCAAAAGUAGCUGAUGGGCGUUUCAACAAAGAGAUAAGCAAUAUCAAUGAUCUCUCUGACAAAAAAGUGCGGCUAACUUUGAUGGCUUUACUUCUAUCUAAACCAAAUUUAUAGUUUCAAUUGUUGAUCAAUAAUUUCACUUUUCCAGUUGGUUUUUUUUGGCAACCAUACUAUUUGUUUUUUUCUAACUUGUCCAUCUUCAGAAGAAACAACAUUUUAAAGAUUCAGAAAGGAAAAGAAUCUAGUCUAGGAAGAAAUGGUUUGAUUUACUGCGAUAACUCUUCGUUCGGCACUAUUUUCAUUUUGUCUUUUUCGAUUUGUUUGUUUGUACUUCGUGUCGAUCUGCUGAUUCUAGCUCUAUCCAAAUGACUUAUGCUCUUAUGGCAUAACCAUUGUUAACGGAGGAAAGAGCGACCAGAAACAUUUCAAACAUUGCCAUAUCCAAUACGUCAGGAGUCUGUAUUUCAGUGGGUUUUUUUUAAUAAUUGUCUACCAUUUGUCUUUCCAGUUUAUUUUUUUUAUCAUACAUCAGGCCGUUAGUUUUGAAGUGACUUCUUUUGAACUGUUUUAUAUUUGGUCAAGCGUUUCUGGCUAAUGAGACAGCAUGUGUUUUAACCAUUGUCGACCUUUAAAUGAAACUAUUAUAAUCCUUUUUUGACUGGCGGAUAUUUUUCACACAACUUUUCUUUUAUUGUAUACAGAUACAAAUAAGAUAGAAUGCUGAGACAUUGUAUGAUCUAAGAAAAAUCAAAUGUUAGUUAGAGCGAUUUGUGAUGAAAAUAUUUGAUACAUAAUUUCUGAUAUCCUUUUAUGUACUUGUAUUUUAACAAUGUUCGUACUUCUGUGGUUUUGAGUACUUCUUCGAUGCACAGUAUAACUGAGAUAUUGUGGAGGAGUUAUAAAAUAUUGCCAAAUAAACAAUAUUG